AGAUGAAGUAACGUUAUCUGUAGUGGUGCCAAGCGUAACAGGCGGAGUCGGGGAAAAUUCGUGGAAAUUCCUGUUUUAUUGUGGAUGUGUAGACUGUGUAGCUCAGUCAAAUUGUUUUGUAAGAAUUAGAUGUGCUACAGACAGACAUGUCUCACCCUGAAACUCCACUACCAAGUCCCUGGGCUCUGCCCGAGUUGCUUGGACAGAGAAGGCUUCUGGGCUUUGGGGCCCUCCUGGCGUGGAUGGUCUUGUUCCACUUGCUGGUGAACGUUUGGCUGCUGUGUGUGUUCACGAGCCUCCUGGUGGUGCUGGGAGGCUGGCUGGGAUCUCAGGCCGUCCUGGACGCCAACAGCGUGGUCCACCUGGAGCACUUCAUCUCCCUGAAGACCGUCCCGCACUCCCCGGAGAGCGAGCUGCAGCUGGACCGGGAGAUCCAGAGCACCAUCCACAAAAUCGUGCGUGACUUCGUGUCCUCCUGGUACCGCUCCGUCUCCUCCGAGGAGGAGUUCGAGGCGGAGGUGCAGGGGGCGAUGCUGUCCAUGGCGGAGGAGCUGAAGAGCAGGGCGCGGAGGGUGGACAGGAAGGCCCUGACGCAGCGUGUUCUGGACUUGUGUGGCUGCCACCUGCAGAGCUACAUGCGGGUCAGGGAGGUCACUGCCAAGCUGGCGAAGCGACCGGGAGGAGACGGCGGCCUCACGGACGACAGCCUUUGGAAGCUGUAUUGCAAAUUCUGCAGACCUCACCCGGCUCUGAAAAGCUCCGCCAUGGAGCUGAACUAUGCCAGGGCUAUUGUGGACCUGCUCUUGCAUGUUCUGGUCCCUCCCCCUCAUCUGGAAAGCAGAACGGGAAGGUUCGUAGUGGGAGAGCUCAUAACCUGCAAUGUCCUCCUUCCCCUCGUCACCAAAAUGUCUGAUCCAGAUUGGCUGAACCUGCUGAUCAUUGACAUCUUCACAAAGUCAAGUAAGCAAGCUGCAGAAGAGAGGGAGAAUCCAACAGCUUCUCCCCCACCGCUGAUUAGUGUACAGCAGCAGCAACAGCAGGACAUAGAGGUCUCCUGUCCUGUGACCUUGAGGAUUCAGCCAGACACACCACUUAUGAGCGAAGGCCCCUUUCCCGAGCUGCCUGCCUUUGAUGUCCUUGACCCUGCGGAGCUAUACUACCAGCAGGAGAUUGAUGAGGAGGCCAGACAGGAAGCUGUAGCUAACCUGCUGCCUGCAGGGAAGUCAGGUGGUAGCACUUUGGAUUACCUGAGGCCAGACACAUUCAACCUUUUCUACCAAGAGUCUGACUCUGAUAUAGAAUCUCCUCUGUCUGAUUACAAGAAAUGUUCCAUGGAGUCCCUGGUCCUGAUGAGCUCAGAGGAAGGGCUGACCGACAGAUUAGGGGAAUGUGUCACAUCCACGGACAUCAGUGUAACAUACCCUGAGGAAGAGCCACAGGGCUUCAUAGGGUUAGGGGGGGGCUUCUGUCCAAAAGUCCUGAUCACAGAGGAGCUUGACCAGCCUGACAACCCGCCUAACGUGGACAGAGCAAAGGGAGAGAGGAAAGCUAGUUUCGGAAACAUGUACCAGGACACGGUCGCGGAGAAGGAGGUGCUGGGCUUGAAGCAAGCGGGGCGCUGUGACCCGAAUGAGCUCUCGUUUGAGGGUCCCCUCCACGCCGCUGCCAGCGGGGCGCCCCUGGACACCUUCAGCUUUGAGCCGCUCAGCAGCCCCGACGGCCCGGUCAUCAUCCAGAACCUGCGGAUCACCGGAACCAUCACAGCCAAAGAGCACAAGGGCUCUGGCUCGCACCCCUACACCCUCUACACUGUCAAGUACGAGACCACGAUGGAAACGGAGACCCCCGGCACGUUUCAGCCUGUGGCCUACCACACAGUGAACCGCCGUUACAGCGAGUUCCUCAACCUGCAGACCCGCCUGGAAGAGAAGCCGGAGCUGCGCAAAGUGAUAAAGAACGUGAAAGGACCCAAGAAGCCGUUCCCUGACCUUCCGUUUGGAAACACAGACAUCGACAAAGUCGGGGCCCGAAAAGGACAACUAGAGGCGUUUCUGAAGCAACUUUGUGCUAUUCCUGAAACUGCCAACAGUGAAGAGGUGCAGGAGUUCCUGGCUCUUAACACAGAUGCAAGAAUAGCAUUUGUGAAGAAACCUUUUGUUGUGUCACGGAUAGAUAAGAUCGUGGUGAAUGCCAUCGUGGACACCCUGAAAACCGCCUUCCCCCGGUCCGAGCCGCAGAGCCCCACGGAGGACAUGGAGAGCGAGCCGGACGGGAAGACGCAGUCAGACGGGAAGAAACCAAAGUCUCGCCUCAGGUUCUCCAGUAAGAUUGCUCCUGCUCUCAAUGUGGACGAGCUGCAGCCCAAGGUGCUCUACUGCUUCAGUGAGGGGAGCACUGUUUUCAGUGGCCUCUCUCUUACUGAGCUGGAGGGCUUUCUGAAGGAGCAGGAGAAGGUGCUGAGCAAGGCGCCGGGUGCUGAGUCUCAGGAGGAGCACCGGGGGAGCAGCAGGGAGGCGACCAGGGCCCCAGACUGCCACGGGUGUCUGGAGAAAAAGCGGCAGGGAGCGGAGACGGCCUUGGCGGAUGUGGCCCUGAACAUCCUGUGUUUGCUUAUGAAGGACCAGUGGGGCUGGCUGUGCACUGAGAACGUGCAGAAGACCAUCAGGCUGCUGUUCGGAACCUUCAUCGACAGGUGGCUGGACGUGGGUAUGGCUAACCUGACCAGCACCCCCUGCUGGGUGAUCUACCUGCGGGUGCUGCAGGAGGCCGUGUGGCCUGAUGGCACGCUACCUGUCCAGCCCCGCCCCGCACGCAGUGACCAGCAGAAGGAGGAAACUAGGCAGCAGUCCCUGCAGUGCCUAAUGAAGCUGCUCCCAGAUCUCAUCCCAGACAUGCUGGGCUCAGAGAAGUACAAACUGAGCUGGCAGACCGUGCUGGAAUCCCUGCAGGACCCCCACAUCAACAGGCACGUGGUGUACAGCGUCUGUGACCUGCUGCUGGAGUGUCUGAUCCCAGAGUCCUCUGAUGAAGGCUUUCAGAGAUCCCUACUGCACAGCCUGUCCGGCACUACAGAGAAGGCAUCAGUGUGAAAAUACACAAGCAAGCAUAUGCACAUUCACACUCAUACACAUGCACACGCACAGACACGCGCGCACACACACACGCACAU